AUGCAACAAAAUAGCACAGAUGCACUGAAGGAAAAGCUGUACAAAGCACAACAGCAAAGAGAUGAAGCAUUGGAAGAGCUUUCAGACUUGCAGGUUAAACAUCAAAAGCUUGUUAGCUUCAUUGAAGAAAAAGCCAAGAAAAUUUAUGAAGCUGAUCUGAGGAAUGUGCAAAAUGAUAAGGAUGUUGUUGAUUUAUUUGUUGAAACCUUGCAAGAAAUCAUUUCAUUAAACAAAGAAUUACAAAGUGAGGAUGAGUGUGAUGAUGAUGAGCAGGAGGAGGAGCAAGGUGAGAAAGGUGAGACAAGUGGCAAAGCUGGUGAUGUGGAUGACAGUGAUGAUGAUGAUAGUGAUGAUGAUGAGGAGGAGGAAGGUCAGGAAGGCAAUAGAAGUGGCAAAGAUGAUGAUGUGGAUGAAAGUGAUAAGGAUCAGGAGGAGGAGGGUGAUGAGGAUGAGGAAGAUGGUGGUGGCAAAGGUGGUGGCAAAGGUGGUGAUAAUCAGCAGGAUGAGGAGGAGGGUGGUGGCAAAGGCGGUGAUAUUCAUGAUGAUGAUCUGCAAGGUGGCAAAGGUGGUGAUAUGCGCGGUGAUGAAACUGACAAAGAGGGUAGCAAAGGUGGUGAUGACGAGGGUGGCAAAUCUGAAAAGCGAAGCACUCCUUUGUCAAAUACAAAUGAAGAGAAGGAUGGCAAAGAUGGAACAAGGCAAGGUGUUGAGUCUGAAACUGCUAAGAAGCCUAGAACUUCUCUGCCAGAGACAGCUGCAUACAAGGAUGCCACUGAAACAGCUGAAAUUGAUGAGGCUACUAUAAUCGCAGCUGAAGCCAUAUCUCAGCUGGACCCUAAAGGCAUGUUGUCGGUUGAAGAAGAUCUGCUUUUACUCACACGAAUGGCAGCAUCUGACGUGAAGGAAAAGAUGGCAACCGUGAUCCACGAAUGUCCAAACUUUCAGUUGUUGAGCCAAGAAGAUCCUCAAGAAGAGUCAUCGCAAAGAUCAUUAUCCAAUGAUGAUGUACGAGAAAGGAUCGUUGCUGAAGCAGUGCAGUUCAUCCAACAACAUGGAGAUGCAUUUUUUAGCAGUCAAGAAGUAUAA